AUGGCUCCGGUGGCGCAGCUGCCACUCCUGCUGCUGUUGCUGCAGCCUCCGUCCGCCACGCCCGCGCCGCUCGCCCGCGACCCCUUCGCCCCGCAGCUCGGGGACACGCAGAGCUGCCAGCUGCGAUGCCACGAUCGCUACCCUAGUCUGCAGCCCUCGCAGGAGAAGCUGGAGCAGGAGGACCCCUCCAAGUCCCAGAAUGAAUAUGACAGGGCCGUCUCCAUCAGUGCUUGUGAGCGAGGCUGCCGCCUCUUCUCCAUCUGCCGGUUUGUGGCCAGGAGCUCCAAACCCAAUGCCACCCAAGCUGAGUGUGAAGCAGCCUGUGUGGAGGCCUACGUGAAGGAGAUGGAGCAGCAGGCCUGUAUCGAGGGCUGCUGGAGCCAGAACCCUGAGCUGGAGCCUGAGCCAGAGACCAUGCAGAAGAGAAAGGUCCUGGAAGCUCCGAGCAGGGCUCUUUCGCUCCUGGACUUGUUUUCUACCCUCUGCAAUGACCUUGUCAACUCAGCCCAGGGCUUCGUCUCCUCCACCUGGACAUACUACCUGCAGACUGACAAUGGGAAGGUGGUGGUGUUCCAGACCCAGCCCAUGGUAGAGAACCUAGGGCAUGAGGGGGCCCGUCUGCAGCGAGUGGAGGUGACCUGGAGAGGAUCUCAUCCGGAGGCCUUGGAGGUACAUGUAGACCCUUUAGGCCCCUUGGACAAGGUAAGGAAGGCCAAGAUCCGAGUCAGGACCAGCAGCAAGGUCAAGGUGGAGUCUGAUGAGCUGCAGGACAAUGACUUCCUCAGCUGCAUGUCCCGGCGCUCGGGGCUUCCUCGCUGGAUCUUGGCCUGUUGCCUCUUCCUCUCUGUGCUGGUGAUGCUGUGGCUCAGUUGUUCCACUCUGGUGACUGCUCCUGGCCAGCACCUCAAGUUCCAGCCCCUGACCCUGGAACAACACAAGGGCUACAUGGUAGAGCCAGACUGGCCUCUGUAUCCUCCCCCGUCGCACGCCUAUGGGGACAGCCCUCCACCCUACAAGCUGAAGCUGGACCCGACCAAGCUGUAGGCCACCCUUGAACCACGUACAGCCAGGGGCAGGGGAAGCUCCAUCCUCACUGCCCUGUGCCCAGGGCUCCAGGCCAGGGUGGGACCAUCCUUGGGCUCCUGCACCCCCAAAUCCUCUCUCCCUGGUCCCAUCCCUCACCCCACUGGAU